AUGGCCGACCAAGUUCCCGAAAGCCUCCGCCGGUUGAUGGCCGCCCUCGACAUCAUCUUUCUCUUCAUCUACCUCGCCGCCUCGUACCUGUCCUUCAUCUACAACUCAUGGAACUACAAGAAGGGCAUGAUAAUCAGGCGAGAUAUCUGGAUAGCCACCGCCGUCCUGGCCACAUUGGCUAUCCGGAUGGUGGGGAUGCUCUGUUUCAUCAUGUCCUAUAUGCAAGGUGGGAGGGGUUCUAGUGUGUACAGCGUCACUCUCGGCCUGAGAGUCAUGCUCGCUUUAACAACCAGCCCCCUUGACGCCAGGGUGACUAGAUGGGCGUUCAAGUCGCUCAAAUGGGCGAGGAGGAAGAAGCAGAGCCUAGAGUCGGGGCCCCAGCAGCCUUCCGCCGGCACGGAGCCCAUGACCCCCAUCCCUCGAAGCCAGCAAGUACUCGUCCCCGUCGAUCCCGACGGAGAAUCCUUAUCGGAAAGAGACGGGAGUUGUCUUCAUGAAUUCCUGGUCGCCAUGUACUGGGCUGUCCUUAUCAUCAUCUUUAUAGCGGCCACGGUCUGCGCCGGACUCGUCAUGUCCAAGUCACAACAGCACGAUCGGUACUCGCUUCACGCCAUCGUGACCUAG